CCAAGUCUUCAAAGAAGACUGAAGAGUUGCUGGAAAUGGUGAAGAGGCUGCAGAAAGAGGGAAGCCUGGAGCCACAGGUCGAAGACCUGAUUAACCGGAUUAAUGAGCUUCAGCAAGCAAAGAAGAAAUCCAGCGAGGAACUGGGAGAAGCCCAAGCUCUCUGGGAGGCCCUGCAUAGGGACCUGGACUCCUUGAAUGGAGAGAAAGUGCACCUGGAGGAGGUUUUGAGCAAAAAGCAAGAGGCACUGAGGACCCUCCAGCUGCACUGCCAAAGGAAGGAAAGUGAGGCUCAGAGGUUGCACGUGGAAGAACGUCUGGAGGAUUUGACAGGCCAGCACAAGGACCCCUGGGAAUUCCACAUGCUGAAGCAGCGACUGGCCUGGGAGAUCCGUGCCCUGCAGAGCAGCAAGGAGCAGCUGCUCACCGAAGAGAGGCAGGCGCGGGCCAAGCUGGAGACGGUGGAGCGGCGGCUGCGCUCGCCGCCCGAGGUCCAGAGCGCCCCGGCAGAGAAAGACGGGCUGAAGGCGGAGCUGGAGAAACUCGGGGGGCAGGUCCCCGCCCAGACUCAGACCACCCCAGAGGACCGGGCCGGAGAGGCCGGCCCCCAGCUCCCCAGCGAGGGCGACCUGGCGCCGCCGGCGGAGCUGGCCCUGACGCCCCCUUAGGCCAGUAGGACCCACCCGGCCCCACCUUCCUUCAAGUGCCGCCCGGAAAUAAAGGCGACGUUCGCGGACCAUCCUCCAACUCCCCGGCUGAGUCUGUGCCCCAGGAGUCAUUGGGGGUGGGGGUCGUGCCCUUCCUCUCUCCGGGAGAAGGGGGAGUGGUUCAGGAAGUCUGGGCGGGGCCUCGCCGGACUCUGCCCACCAGUCCCUUGGCCGG